GAACUCGCACUACUCGAUUGGUCCUCAGGAAUUCGCUUUGCAUAUUGUGCUGACGUUACCAUUGAAAAACUUACUGAACCUUUCAAGGCAUCAUUAAUCAAGGCAAUCAACAAAUUUUGCAGUAAUGCAACAGCAUGUUUACUCAAAUCUCCGGUAAUAUUUGCUGUGGAACAAAUUGUAUUAUUAGAUGGAUAUCCGCGAAGGGAUUAUGGAGCAGUACAAUUUCGAUUUGUGGUUGUCCUACCGCAUAAUGCAGUUCCUUUAAUUCGGCUCAGACAACCUCUUCUUUCAAAUCGAAUUCUCUCCACAGAUAUUCUACAAAGAUAUGCGCCGGAAAUUUCAAGGCGAUUAGGUUGGCAUCUUAUGAGCUAUGAGAAAUUUCCCCGUUUUGACGCUAUUACUGAAUUUAUGAAUAUAGCUUUGAUACCAAUCGGAUUUAUUCUGCUUAUUGCUAUGUUUAUGCUAGCCUAUUGGUCAAAUAAUUUCAGAUUUAGUGGCAGUAGCGAUGAAAUUUUGGUCUCUGGUUCGAGUGGUGGCAAAAAUUUGGCUCUCAAGUUUGUCUAA